AUGGCUACUCGAACGCUCGAGAAAAUACGCAGGGCUCAGUCCCUCCUUCGCGAAUGCCAUGGCUGGCUUGUGCAAAACGAUGAGCUCCUGCUAGCAGUUGAGCUGUGCGCAAUAGAAGGCAACCUCGCACUUCUCUUCGAGAACAGAGGUCUUCCCAGUUCCCCUGUCCUGGAAUUCAAGAAACGGAGGUUCCUCCCCUUCCAGAAACGCCGAAACCGCCGUAGAGCCUACAAUGACUACCGCAGACCUCAUCCAAUUAACAGGGGCAAGCGCGAAGCCUCCGCAAGUCGCGCUGGCGACACGCAAAAUUCCCAGGCUCAGGCAACAGCAAGUACCGCUAGGGACACAGCGAGGGACUCAAGUAGCCCUGAUGCCGACCCCGGACCCCCUCGAGUUCAAGCUGCCGUGACAGCAACAUCGCCGCCAGAGGGCGUGCUAUUGGAUUUCAACCACGACGUGGAAUUUGUACGAUUUCCACCAAACAUGGUCGCCGACAUGGAAGCAGCACAAACGGCCAAUCUUGAAUCAAAGGGGAAGCAGAGCUUGUCAGAGCGGCCCGCUGUUAUAGGCAGCGAUGGGCCAGCUCGGGGGGUCUUGGUCCCGGUGGACGGUGACGAUGGAUCCUUCCACCAGACCAUUGCUGCUGCGGUUCAUGCCGGCUCAGCGGGUCUGGACACCCCCGUCAGCAGCCACUGUUCUCCCGCGGUAGUCAAGGAAUGUGUUGUCCUAGUCACGACCCAACCACCGCUGCCAGGUUCGCCCGUGUCCGGCUCCAUUGAGGGCAGGUUACCUCAUGCAUCGCACACAAACCAGCGGGCGCAGGAGGUCACUAGGGGCACGUUGAUUGAUCUUGACAAUGACCUGACUGUCGUCCUUCCAGGUGGAUUUGACGCCGACACACGUCCAGAAGAAAAGGAUUUGCUUGCAGCUGGCCUUGAUUCCGGGUUUACCCACAAUCUUGCACCAGAGGAAGAAGACGAUGAGAUCGUUUUCCAGGGAAAUGCAGCAAACGGUAUCCGUCCGGAUUUCAAGGCCUUGUUUGUCAGUUCAGACGAUGACUCUCAAACCGGUCGUCGUGCUAUUGAUCUCACAGCAGUCCUCAAGAAAUAUUCGGAGGUGAUCAUUUGCAAUUGA